ACUACAGUGACAACCCAGAUUGUUCAUUAGUCGGUUAACCCCACAAUUUUCCAUAACUCAAUUGAUGAACCCUUUCUUGUAUGAUACUAUUACCCACUUCUCUUCCAGAUGAAGCUUCUUCCUGCAAAGCCUCUAUCUUAGGGUGUUGUUGUGUUGGAUUAUUUUUAUAUAUAUUCAUGUUGACUGGUCUACGUGGGUUGUCUCCUUCUCAGGUAUUGAUUUUCCUCGCUGUGUUAGAUAGAUCGUGAGCUCAUAUUCGGGUGCUUUUCUUUUUUAUAUAUGUCAGUCUGGUUGGUUGGUUUUCAGUUCUUACCAAACGGUCAACUGGGUACUCAGUUCGCGUGUCUGAUUUGGUAGUUGGCCUGUGUAAAUUGCCAGAGCAUGAAUCCCACUUUUUUGGUGGGCAAUUAAUUUCGCGGUACCUUGUUUCUAAUUCGGCCGAACUUUAGCAUAUUUUUGAUUACUUUGAAGCAUCUUUUGCCUUGCAAUUUCCCUACUUGGUUUUGGAGUCUUGUCUAGUUUACAAGCUGUUCAUCUUCAUUUCUGGCCUUUAAAGUUCCUUGUUCUGGGGAUUCAAAGUUGAAACUUUCUGCAAUUUGGGUUCACAAAAAUUGAUUGUUGGCAGACACGAGAAUGCAGAAUUUGGAGAAUAGUCAUUGACAGCAUCUGGGCUGCUGUCUAUUGAGUUCAAUCACAUCUUUUGCUCAUCAGACGAAAUGGUUAGGGAUGAAUCCAGCGAUCUGGUGCUCAACAAUGGAUUUAGCAGACCGUCAGGAGCUGAUUUGACAGCUGGGUACAAGCCCAUGAAUGAAGAAACUAAUCCUGGCCCUCUCCAAAGUGGAGUAAAUUCUGAUGAAAAGAUAGAUUCUUGGGAAGUAUCAACACAGUUCAAACAUGAACAAUUUGAAGCUAGGGCUUUUGAUUGUGAAAAUGGUAAUGUGAUAUCUUCAUUGGAAGAUGGAUCUUCAGGAGGAUACUCAGAUGAAUCUUCUACUGAUGGGGUGGACCCUCUAAGGAGUGAUCCAUUGCUGCGACCUUCAGUUUCCGAAACUUCCCAUCCAAAGGUGCCAGCUGUCGGUUCUACAGUACAUUGGAAAGGCUUCAGUCAAUAUAUUUCUGAACCCGCUCUGAGAAAUAUGAUUGCUGAUCAGCAAGAAAAGGAAAUUUUCAGAUCAUGGACAGAUAUGCGGUGGAUCCCAAGGACUGGUCUAGGAUUAGAUAGAAGGUCGGAACAUGAUAAGCAAAAACUCAUCAUAGAACUUGUAAGAAUCCAAAAAGAUGGCACUGUGGAGGUUGAUCUAGCUAAGAAUGCCCCAGCUGCUUCAGAGUUGUUAGAGCUUCAAUCUCUUGAAGUGCCACCAAUCAGUGUUGAUUAUAUCCCCAGUGAAGUCAAUAAGCCUAUUCCCAAAUUGAAAAUUGCAAUGCUUGUGGUUGGAACUAGAGGCGACGUUCAGCCUUUUGUGGCGGUAGCAAAAAGACUUCAGGAGUUUGGCCAUCAUGUGAGGUUAGCUACCCACACUAACUUCCAAACUUUUGUAAAGUCAGCUGGCAUAGAGUUCUAUCCUUUGGGUGGUGACCCCCGAGCUUUGGCAGGAUAUAUGGUAAGAAAUAAAGGUCUCAUUCCAUCCAGUCCAGGAGAAAUAUCCAUACAGAGAAAGCAAUUGAAGGCCAUAAUAGAUUCUCUUCUUCCAGCUUGCACUGAACCAGAUGUUGAGACUGGUGAGCCGUUUAGAGCUCAAGCAAUUAUUGCAAAUCCUCCUGCAUACGGACAUUUACAUGUUGCUGAAGCUUUGGAUGUACCUCUUCACAUAUUCUUCACAAUGCCUUGGACGCCAACAAAUGAAUUUUCACAUCCACUUGCUCGUGUCCCCCAGAGUGCUGGUUAUUGGCUUUCUUACAUAAUAGUGGAUUUACUGAUAUGGUGGGGCAUACGAGGAUUGAUAAAUGACUUCAGGAGAAAGAAGUUGAAACUCUCCCCUAUUGCAUAUUUCAGCCUAUAUCAUGGGUCACUAACUCAUCUUCCAACAGCCUAUAUGUGGAGUCCUCAUGUUGUUACGAAGCCAAAUGAUUGGGGCUCCCUUGUUGAUGUUGUUGGAUACUGUUUCCUAAACCUUGCAUCAAACCAUGAAUCUUCUAAUGAGUUUUCUGAAUGGAUUCAGAAAGGAAGCAAGCCUAUAUAUAUAGGUUUUGGGAGUAUGCCUCUCGAAGAUGCUAAGAAAACAACAGAUACUAUCCUGGAGGCACUGAGGAAAACUGGACAAAGAGGAAUACUUGACCGCGGAUGGGGAGAUCUUGGUAUAUUAUUAGAUGUUCCUGAUAAUGUUUUUCUCCUUGCGGAUUGCCCUCAUGAUUGGCUCUUCCCUCAAUGUUUGGCUGUGGUACAUCAUGGUGGUGCUGGAACAACUGCUACUGGUUUAAGGGCUGGGUGUCCAACAACAAUAGUGCCAUUCUUCGGGGAUCAAUUCUUUUGGGGCGAGAGAAUUCAUCAGCAAGGACUGGGUCCUGUCCCAAUCCCAAUUUCUGAGCUGACCGUAGAAGCACUUUCCGAAGCUAUUGAUUUUAUGCUCCAGCCAGAGGUAAAAUCUCGAGCAAUGGAGGUGGCAAAGCUGAUAGAGAAAGAUGAUGGUGCGGCUGCUGCUGUUGAUGCAUUUCAUAGGCACCUGCCUCGAGAAAUACUAGUUCCAAAAUCAGUGCCAGAUGAAAAUAACUACCCAAACACAUUCCAAUGGAUUUUCACUCAAAUUGGCGCGCUAUGUCAUCAAGCCUGCGGUUCAUAAGUUGCUUAUUUUGCAGCGUUUAUUUGUAGCACCCAUUUAGAAAUGGAUUUGACUUAUAGGUUUCCAUCAUUCCAUUCAUUUCAGUGAUAUAUAUAUAUAUAUAUAUAUAUGUAUACAUAUAUCUUCCUUUAGAUGCAUAUUCCUCAUCUUAAGUUCUUAACAUUCUUUUGUUUUGGUUCACAAAGUACAAAAGGAAGAAGAAGUUCAUAUGGGCGUGUAGUAAUCUUUGCUUCUUUCUGGUUUGGCUUGAGUUGUGUUCUGCACUGCACAAUAUUAAUUUGUACAACUUCUGGGUUUGUUUAGUACCAAGAAAAGAUCAAUGUUUUUUUCUCA